CUCGCUACCUGAAGGUGCACAUUGAUUGCCCGAAUCCUCCGAGUCAGAGGUGCUUCCUGGGCUUCUUCAACCUGUGUUCCGUGCUCAUCGCGACUGCGCCAUGGACUUAAAUACCUGCUGCCCCUUGGCUGCCCCUGUCGCCUUCUGGUCUCCGUUUCCGCCCUGACAACCUUCUCAGAGGUGCAUCGUCUCUCAGACCAUCCUGCGAGUACUACGAUGGUCCACGUCAUGAUCAAAUUCGUCACUACCUUCUUUGUGGUCCUCUUCGCAGCAAUCCCGGCUCUCGCAGCCCCAGCGGCCGCAAGGCCCACCGAUGCUGAAUUCCUCAGGCCACAAGCUAAUCGCCGCGUAGUCCGCCCGACAGACGCAGAGUUCCUUGGAACGACAGAACGUCAGUGUUUCACCCAGCAUUCUCCUUGGUUACGGUGGCCUCAUUGUCGUUGGUUUGUAGCGGUCAGACGCCGGGCACGACCCACCGACGCUGGGUUCCUCGCGCCUGCAAGUGCCGCAACAGCGGCACUCAACUGACGUGAUAUCUCUCUCGGCGGCGUGGCUCAUGCAUGACAUAUCUGAGUAAGCCAUUCCGGUUGAUGAUCUUGCGUAUGAACCUUGCUAACGGUGG